AUGAUGUCAACACAUACCGUCUUCAGGUUCCCAACUCGCAAUGAUGUCGAGGACAUUGUCUCAGUCCAGGAGGAAAUACCUUCUCUUUCAAAACAUGAAGUCCUCAUCAAAGUUCGCGCAGUCUCUCUGAACUCGAGGGAUGUCCAAAUUGCAACUUCCACAUACCCUGCCUACGUAAAGGAGAACCCAAUUCCUUUUUCGGACGCUGCAGGAGACAUUGUGGCCGUCGGAAAUGAAGUGCGAGAUCUUGCCAAGGGGGACCGAGUGGUGGUCUCUUUUGAUAUCACUCAUCAAUACGGGCCCCAGAAGGACUUCCUCACUUGUCAGGGGGGUGGUGUCGAUGGAGUUCUCGCACAAUACAUUGCCCGUCCUGCUUCAAGUGUCGUGAGAGUCCCAGCUAGCGCACCGCAGAGCUACAGCGAGCUGGCUUCCUUGGUUUGCACGGGUGUGACAUCUUGGAACGCACUCUAUGGAAACGUGCCUCUUAAACCCGGCCAGACGGUUCUCGUUCAAGGUACCGGUGGUGUAGCGAUGACUGCACUUGUUCUGGCCAAAGCAGCCGGUGCGACAACCAUUGUCACUUCGUCCAGUGAUGAAAAGCUGGAGUUUGUUCGAUCAUCAUUGGGAGCUGACUACUGUAUCAACUACUCAAAGGUCCCCGACUGGGCUUCAAAGGUCCUGGAGCUGACUGGGGGUAAGGGGGUGAACCACAUCGUUGAGAUUGGAGGUAUUGGCACGAUCGAGCAGAGUCUCCAGGCUAUUGCCCCAGGUGGUGUCAUCAGCGUUGUUGGAUAUCUCGCGGGAUGCGAACCAGCACUGCGACCUGACGUGCCUCUCCUUGCUUUGCUCAAGAACUGUGUGGUUCGAGGCGUGUUGAUUGGCCCACGUUGUAUGUUGGAGGACCUGGUAAACUUUGUCUGUGGCCGAAAACUGAGACUCCACGUCGCGAAGGAAUAUUCGUUCACGCGAGAGGAUAUUGUUGCAGCCUACCGUGCCCUGCAAAGUGGAAAGCAUGUCUCUAAGAUCUGCAUUGUGAUGGAUUGA